UUACAGCGCUCGGUCCGCGUUUGUUUGUUUUUUAAGGCGGAGUAGCGAUGGAAAAGAGCGAACAGGGAACUGAAACAUAAAGAAAGAACAAGGCGAACCAGUUAAGUUCCAAGUUGUAAAGUGAAUAUAAUGUAAAGUUAUGAAACGCGCCGCACAGCCGCUCGGCCCUCAGUGCCCUGUGGCAUUUGUUUCGUUUUCGUAACUUGAGGUAACCAGGAGAGCAGGCGCAUCAAGGGAGCGGUUCUAACUCCAGCGGUCACGUCCACAAGCUGCGCUAGAACAGCCGUCCUCCUAUCUCGGCUCCUUCUGAGGAGAGGAAGUCAAUGAAACCAUCGACGCUUCCCGGGCGGUCCAGACAGCACAACGCGAGAGUCCCCCUUCGGUUUCGGACGAGCUCGAGUUACAGAUCGACCGCUGUGCUGUGACUGAACGGGCGGCCUCCCGAUGUAGCCCGGGAACAGGUGAUCGGGUUAUUCCGGGCUGGGAAGAGCCGAAGGAAGCGGGCCGGCCUGGAAGCGCGCCAGGAUGUUCAAGAACGUGUUCGGUUCCGGGUUCCUCGUAAGAACCGCGCACGUUAUCCUGACCUGGCUGACGACCCUCAUCCUCUUCCUGCACGACACAGAUCUGCGGCGACAGGAGGAGAACGGCGAGCAGCUGCAGCCCGUGCUGUUCGUGCUGCUGGUGCUGGCCUCCGUGCUGCUGUACUUCGCCGUGUCCCUCAUGGACCCCGGCUUCGUGCUGUCCGACAGCGACGCCACGUUCACCCUGGGCGUCGCGGAGGAGCAGCAGGAGAUGAUCCCCCCGGUGUCCAAGGCCCCGCGCCAGCGCCGCUGCGGGUUCUGCCUUCUGCAGCAGCCCAUGAGGGCGAAGCACUGCCAGACCUGCAAGCGCUGCGUGCGGCGCUACGACCACCACUGCCCCUGGAUCGAGAACUGCGUCGGGGAGAGGAACCACCGCUGGUUCGUCCUCUACCUGCUGGUGCAGCUGCUGGCGCUGCUCUGGGGCGUCAACCUCGCCUGGUCUGGCUUCAGCUACGCCCCCACCUGGAAGACGUGGCUGCGGCAGAACGGCUUCCUCCUGGCGGCCUUCCUGGUGGCGGCGGUGUUCGUGCUGGUGGUGGCCCUCCUGCUGGGCUCCCACCUCUACCUGGUGUCCCUCAACACCACCACCUGGGAGUUCAUGUCCCGCCACCGCAUCUCCUACCUCAAGCACUGCGGCGCCGACGAGAACCCCUUCGACCGGGGCGUCCCGCGCAACCUGCGGGACUUCUUCUGCGUGUGCCGCGCCGUGGCCUGGGAGGAGGUGUAUUUCCGGCAGGGCAGCGACCCCGUCUAGCCGCCUGCGCCCCCCCUCUCCCGGGGAGCGGGGGCGGACUCCAGCCCUUCAGCGGGAGCAGAUACAGGGCGGCUCAGUGGAAGCGGACGAGGAGGGAGCCUGCAGGAGCCCGGCCCUGUGACUCCUCCAGAAACGGGCAGAGACAAGUAUUUCGCAAGUCUGGGCUCCCCGCGCCCCAGAUCGCUUCAAAGAGCACGACCGUUCUGCGGAAGGUGGCGCCUUGUUCUACAGCUGUGGCGUCGCAGGAGCUGCAGGGCCCUGAAGCGACAGACAGUUGGCCGACACCGGGGUCGUCCUGGCUCCAGCGGUGUGACUUAUCGCCUGACCGUGGGGAAACAAGUGCGAGAGCGUCUGUGUAAUCUGCGUAAUAACAGAACAAUCGUAACAUGGAUUAAGAACUUCCACAAGCACUUUUAAUAUUUUUUUUUGCACAUUAAAUUCGUCAGCCUCAGAUUUAUCGCUCUGAUGCAUGGCACUAAAACUGUCUAGAUAGUUUUUUAUACCUUUACUUUCUUUCUUUCUUUCCCCACCAGAGUUGGGGAAAAUCGAUACGGAAAGCGAGGUGUUCAAAUAAAACGGUCAUGUUAAGGUGCAGAUACGAUGUUUAUACUAUGUGUGCCAGGCCUGUGUUCUGUGCAACAGUAAGGAAUGGUGGUUAUUGAACAAUUUGUAAACAAAAGCAAUAAUGGCAAACUAUUUUAGGGGACCUACAGAAGUCUAUUUUCUAUAAUGGCGUUGAUCGGAACGAUUGGUUUCACAGUGUUACCUGUGGCAUCAGUGAGCAGAAGGCUGGGAAGUUGUGUACUAUGAAAAAGAAGUAUUUUGGCCCAAGAACAGUCUCAUGAGGGGGUCCUGUCCAUUGGGAAGUGUGAUGCCAGCUUCUGCAUUUGACCUUACUGGACAAAAGAGUUUAUGCAAUAAUUUCUUAAAAUUUGUAAUGUCUUUUGAAAUGGUAUUGUAGAAUCAGUUUAAGAAUACAGUGUUGAACAUCGAAGCUGCUUUGUACUAUUUCUGCUCAGUAAAUUGUCAAGACUGUGUAUAAUAAACCCUGGAUUCAUCCAUUUUUUCCUAUAUGGAGGUAGUAAGAGUGGAACCUGUAAAAUCUAUUAUUUCCAAUUAAAAAACUCCCACAAA